CUCAAUGGUGUUUAAACAUGUUUUGAAAUGAGCGGAAACAUGAAGUGGAUUGAAGAAGCUUUGCAGAAAAAUUGAGGAUUCGUUAAAAGGUGAAGACGUGACAUUUCUACAUAACAGCACCUUUCCACUGGCGGUGCUCAACCUCUCCUACCUACGUUGCAGUUCCGAUUUUUUGUGUUUUACUCCCCUCGGCUAUGUGACAUGCUUUGUUUACUAAUGCACGUUCUGAAAUUGGACCCAGAAAAGCUCGACCUUGACAAAGCUGACAUAGCGACUGGUCACUCUGUCGUUACCCGAGCAUUCCCGUGUGCAUUGGGUUCGGACAUUCCCACAGUCUCUGGGGGAGACACGCUUCUAGUGGCGGACUGCUCGGCAGAUCUUGGAAACUGGACGUGAAUAACCUUCCCAGACCGGACCGGACCCCACUCGGUAGCACCAAAACGACGGGACCGGUUCCGCCCGGGUGCGCGUCUGAGAGCGCAGGGACGCUGUCAUCCCAGGCCAAACCCAUGGGGGGCGAGGGAACCCCUGUAAAAACCAAAACUCCUCUUGGACAGACUAAUGCUGUGGAUGACCCCAUAGCAAUGAAUUCGCACAGCAACUCCAGGGAUGCCGGCACGGACGGCAACGCCAGGGGCAUCGAUGGCACGGGUCUGCCCAACGCGGCAUCACUGGAGGCCAGCACGGACGGCAAGCAGCGGAGGACCAUCAGGAAGACCCCGAGUCACCCCCAUGCUCAGGCCACCUGCCUCCGGCAGAUUCUCCUGCUUCAGCUGGAUCUCAUCGAGCAGCAGCAGCAGGAGCUUCAGACGAAGGACAAGGAGAUAGAUGAGCUGAAAUCUGACAGGGAUACGUUGCUUGCACGGAUAGAGCGUAUGGAGAGGCGUUUGCAGCUGAUCAGCAAUGCGCCACGGAACAAGCGCCUCUUCCAGCCACUGGAGAGAUGGGUGCCCGAAUCUGAGGACUUCUGGGAGGCGGGGGAGGACGCAGGCCAAGCCGGGCCACCUAAAAAUGCCGCCGUCCACAAUAAUAAGGAUGGCAAAGGGCAGAAAAGGAAACUGGGAGCAUCAGAGCCCAAACUGCCGGCCGGGAAGCCCAGAGGGAAGGCGGCCAAGCUCAGCCAAUCCCAAAAGGGCGACAGGCAUGACAUGGUGGAGAAGUCUGCCGCCGCCUCACCCCCACCUCCUCCAAGCCAGCAGCUCUACCACCGUGACGUGCACCACAUCAAGCAUGAGCCCGACUCCCCCGAGCCCCUCCACAGCAGACACGAGCCCCCCCUCAGCCACAGUCACCACAGCCACAGGCAGCCUGCGGGCCAGGCCUCCCCUGUGCUGCGGCCGGUGCGGUCCACGACAAGGGACCAUGAUCUCCGUGAGCCUGAGGAGCCUGCCAUGGAGGACCUGCCCUACAUGACCACCACGGAGAUGUACCUCUGCUGCUGGAAACAACCGCCUCUCUCCCCGCUCCGCGAGAGCUCGCCCUGCAAGGAGGAGGACGUUGACAUUCCAUCGUGGCGGGAAAGGAGUGUAGAACCGCUACAUGACAUUGAAGCCUCUGACAUCCCAGAGAAUACGGAUGAUGGCAUCUUCCUGAAAAGACAUUUAAAGCAUGAGACGGAUGAGAAACGACGGAAAAGGUGGGACAUCCAGAGGUUCCGAGAGCAGCGGAUGCUCCAGAGGCUGCAACAGCGCAUGGAGAAGAAGGCGCCCGUACCGGAGACGGAGCCUGACCUCACAUCUUUCUAUCCCGAGAUGGAGGAUGUGGAAUCCAUCAUAAUCACACCAUUUCUACCAGUCAUGGCUUUUGGAAGACCUUUACCUAACCUAGCCCCAGAGAACUUCGAACUGCCCUGGCUGGAUGACCGAAGUCGAUGCCGCGUUGAAAAUCAAAAGAAAAACGCUCCACACAGAAACUGUAGAAAAUAACAUAAAAAACUUUAGAAUGUGAAGUUCAAUACUUAAGAAUAAAACAUAAAAUCAACACAGA